AUGAGUGUGCCUUUGACCCUGCGGUCGGCUCUGGGGCCGUCUCGGACGGCUUGCAGAUCCCACCUAGGGAAGUCAUUGUUCUCACUGAACCAUCUUUCGGUUCAGGCACGACAGGUAUACUACCUACUUCGCCAGAGCAACGACCAUAAGCUCCCUUUCAUCCCUCAGUGGCCGCAAAUCACCAAGAGAACCGCGAGCAGCGCCUCUGCCCCGUCAAAUGUACCCGUUGUCCCAUACUCCUCGCUGACUGUUGGCGUCCCCUGCGAGACAUGGCCCAACGAGCGCCGCGUGGCUCUCACACCGCAGAAUGUGACUUUGCUACUAAAGAAAGGCUUCUCGCGCAUACUAGUCGAGCGCGGUGCCGGCGAACAAGCCCAGAUCCAUGACCAGGCCUACGAACAAGCCGGAGCGACCCUGGUCAACCGAGCCGCUGUAUGGUCCGAAAGUAACAUCGUCUUGAAAGUCCGUAGUCCCCGACAGGAGGGCCCCAUAGAUGAAGUCGAAGCCCUUCGCCAGGGAAGCACCCUGAUUUCGUUCUUGUAUCCUGCCCAGAAUAAACUGUUGGUAGAGGCUAUUGCGUCACGCGAAGUCACGGCCUUCGCCAUGGAUAUGAUACCUCGGAUUUCUCGUGCCCAGAUAUUCGAUGCCCUCAGCUCUAUGGCCAAUAUCGCCGGGUAUAAGGCUGUUUUAGAAGCGUCGAACCACUUUGGUCGUUUCUUAACUGGUCAAGUUACAGCUGCUGGAAAGGUUAUACCUCCUAGUAAGGUCUUGGUUAUUGGUGCUGGUGUGGCUGGUUUGAGCGCCAUCGCUGCGGCCCGCCGCUUAGGUGCCAUUGUCCGUGGCUUCGAUACGCGCUCUGCUGCCCGUGAGCAGGUUCAAUCUCUAGGCGCCGAAUUCAUCGAGGUCGAGAUCCAGGAAGAAGGCGCUGGCCAGGGCGGAUACGCGAAGGAAAUGUCCAAGGAAUUCUAUGACGCGGAGAUGAAGCUCUUCAUGGAACAGGCCCGUGAUGUUGAUAUCAUUAUCACUACAGCACUGAUUCCAGGCAAGGCGGCACCAAAACUCAUUACCAAGGAGAUGAUCGCUGCCAUGAAACCUGGAUCUGUCAUUGUUGAUCUUGCAGCUGAGGCUGGUGGUAAUUGUGAAGCAACGGUUCCAGGACAAUUGGUCAAUUACAACGGUGUCACUGUCAUUGGGUAUACUGAUUUUCCGUCACGCCUACCGACCCAAGCAUCCACACUAUAUUCGAACAAUAUCACCAAGUUCCUUCUAUCCAUGGCACCGCAGGAGAAAUCGUUCGGCAUAGACCUGUCGGACGAGGUUGUGCGCGGCUCUAUUGUCACCCUCAGCGGCGAGAUAUUGCCCCCAGCUCCACGACCAGCACCACCGCCACCUAAGCCGGCAGCUGCGGCAACUGCAGCCAAGGGACAAGCCGAGUUAUCACUCACACCCUGGCAAAAGGCUACUCGCGAUGUUGCAAGUGUUACAGCUGGUAUGGGAACGGCACUUGCUCUGGGAAAAGCCACUGGUCCCAUUUUCAUGAGCAACAUGAUGACCUUUGGGCUUGCCGGUCUCGUCGGCUAUCGUGCUGUAUGGGGUGUUGCUCCAGCUCUCCACUCUCCUUUGAUGAGUGUGACAAAUGCAAUCUCAGGCAUGGUCGGCAUCGGUGGUCUUUUCGUCAUGGGUGGAGGCUAUACGCCUAGCACGAUCCCUGAAGCUCUCGGAGCGGUUUCGGUCCUGUUGGCAUCAAUGAACGUUGCUGGAGGUUUUGUUAUUACCAAGCGAAUGCUAGACAUGUUCAAGCGCCCGACUGACCCGCCCGAAUAUCCAUGGCUCUACGCGAUACCAGCUGUUAUCUUCGGUGGCGGAUUCAUAGCAGCAGCUAGCACUGGAAUGGCUGGUUUAGUGAGCGCUGGCUAUCUCGUCAGCACUCUUCUCUGCAUCAGCUCAAUUUCUGGCCUUGCUUCCCAGCAAACUGCUCGCCGUGGAAAUAUCCUUGGUAUUCUAGGAGUUGCUUCUGGUAUACUUGCAUCUCUUGCUGCUGUAGGAUUUUCACCAGAGGUCUUGGCUCAAUUCGGAGCAAUGGCUGGCGGCGGUGCUCUAGUCGGAGCAUUAAUUGGGCGCCGCAUUACUCCAACUAGCUUACCUCAGACUGUGGCUGCCCUUCACUCAGUCGUCGGUCUGGCUGCUGUCCUCACAAGUAUUGGAAGCGUGAUGGCCGACAUUGGUGACAUUUCAACCUUGCAUAUGGUGACUGCGUAUCUUGGUGUUCUCAUUGGUGGUGUUACAUUUACUGGUUCCAUUGUAGCUUUCCUGAAGCUUGCAGGCCGCCUGUCGUCAAAACCCACGAUACUUCCCGGCCGCCACGUUAUUAAUUCGACUUUGCUUGGGACGAACCUGGCGACAAUGGGAGCUUUCGUAUCGAUGGGCCCUGCAUCGCCGCUCAUUGCUGCUACGUGCUUGGGUGCGAAUACCGUCCUAAGUUUCCUGAAAGGCUAUACGACCACUGCUGCCAUUGGAGGAGCUGAUAUGCCUGUUGUCAUCACCGUUCUCAAUGCAUACUCGGGAUUCGCUCUGGUUGCAGAAGGCUUUAUGCUCAACAAUCCACUACUCACCAGCGUUGGAUCGUUGAUUGGGGUCAGCGGAUCGAUCUUGUCAUACAUCAUGUGUGUCGCUAUGAACCGAUCUCUUACCAAUGUUCUCUUUGGUGGCAUUGCGGCCCCUCAACAAGGGCAGAAGAAGAUCGAGGGCCAGGUUACUCAGGUUACGGUGGAUGACACGGUGGAAACCCUAUCAAAUGCAGAGAGCGUGAUUAUUGUGGUCGGUUAUGGCAUGGCUGUGGCCAAGGCCCAAUACGCGCUUGCAGAAAUCGUCCGAAUGUUGCGUGCUAAAGGCGUCAAAGUACGAUUUGCCAUCCAUCCAGUUGCUGGCCGCAUGCCCGGACAAUGCAAUGUGCUUCUCGCUGAAGCUUCAGUGCCAUAUGACAUCGUACUCGAAAUGGACGAGAUAAACGACGAUUUCCCGGACACGGACGUCACGCUGGUGAUCGGUGCAAACGAUACCGUCAACCCCAUCGCCUUGGAGCCCGACUCUGCGAUCUCCGGCAUGCCUGUCCUGCAUGCCUGGAAGAGCAAGGAAGUCAUUGUGAUGAAGCGCGGCAUGUCCAGCGGAUAUGCCGACGUUCCCAACCCCAUGUUCUACAUGCCUGGUACGAGGAUGUUGUUUGGAGAUGCGAAAGCGUCUUGUGACGCCAUCAAAGCUGGACUUGAGGCACGCAAGUGA